GACGAGGACGAGGACGGGUAUCCCAAGAAGAGGUGGCCCACUGUUGAUGCCUCAUACUACGGUGGCCGAGGUGUGGGUGGCAUCAAGAGAAUGGAGGUGAGAAAGACAUGCACUGACUGUUGUGCCCGGACUGUGGGGCCCUUCAUCCAAUUACGGCUCAGCUCUGGUCAUUAUAUUACCAUUCCCCUGCCACUCACUGACUGUUGUUGCCUGUCCCUGUUCAGGUCCGCUGGGGUGACAAGGGUUCCACUGAGGAGGGGGCCAAACUAGAGAAAGCCAAGAAUGCCCGCGUCAAGAUGCCAGAGCAGGAGUUUGACAUGGCACCAACACGCACUCUCAACAACGGCAUGCACAAACCCAUCAGUCCCCAGAAGUGGUACUCCCCUAUAAAGGUACUGUACAGGGCUGUAUUCACUUUGUUACGUAGCCCCGCCCAGUUCCUGAUCAAA